UACACUCCAAUCUUUGCUGGCUACGUGUCUUACGCCCUCACCACUUACGUUUCCAUAGAGCGGUGUCUUUGUGUCAGUAAGCCCUUUACCGUCAAGGCGUUGUUUACGCCCAGGUUCACUCUGAGCGCUGUCGCCAUGAUUUCCAUUGUGGUUUUCGGUGCGUAUGUCGUCAUGUACUUCAUAAGCGAGGUCGCUUUCGUUUUUGCACCAAAUCUCAACACAACCGUGGCUAUCUACAGGUAUAACAGUUUCUUCUAUGCCAACCAGGCUAUCGUCAUGGUCUAUUACAAAUACGCUGCGAUACUUCUGCCAUUCGCCAGCUUCACGGUGCUUUGCCUGUGUUCAGCUACCACAGUUUAUAAACUGAGAAAAUCCUCGAGACUUCUUCUAAAGGACAACAAAGAAAGUACUAGGAAUUCCGAGAUUUCCCGAAAGAUUAAAUCGGGAAUAUCCCUUAGAGAAAAGCUGGUUGUGAAGAUGCUCCUGGCUGUCGUAUUGGUCAACAUCGGAAAUCUAUUUCCAAGGAUCGUCUUCUACGUGGCACAGCUCAUUGAGCCUGAGUUCUAUCUGCUGCGCCGCUACCACAACAUUUUCUAUUCUGUUGCCGUGUGGCUGUUUGUCCUGGACUUUCUCAAGGCUUCGGUCAACUUCUUUCUCUUCUUGUCUAUGGGGUCGCUUUUCAGAAUGAAAUUCUAUGAUAUGUUUGGCAACGGGGGGAAACUUGGUAAAAUAUGA